AUGCUUGUCACACGGCCAUUCGAUUCAGGACGGAACACUUGGUCUUCCAGCAAGCUCGAGGCCUUAUAUCAAAACGUCGCGUCUUCCCGCAUGUCGAACUUUGAUCCAUUGCCGGCGCAGCCAGACUGGCGACAACAGUACUCAACGUUCCCUCUUCCCGGUGACAGUGGUUUAAUACAGCCAUCAUAUAACCAAACGAGCUCAUCGAACGCAACAGAUAAUGGCCAAAAACAACAUUCGGGAAGCGAAAGGCCGGCAUUGGAGCACAGACACAGCCUUGGACCAUUAAGACAGGAAGCCCAGCAGACUUUACCAAUCAUAGAACGGCCAGAUUCGGCACCAGGGGACUGCAAUCGUCCAGCAAAUAACCAUACGCGCGAUGAAUCCCUGGUUUCCACGGAAUCCACAGCAUUGUCCCUGGGAUCUCUUGGAUCGAACCCACUGAGCUCUGCCUCAAGCGCACCAGUACAACAAAGCACACUACCCAACAAUGAAAGCGGAGGCGCCGAGGGGGAUAUUAAAGACGAGGAUGACGAGCUUGAUGAUGAUGAUGAUAUGAUUGAUGCAGAGGUGGAGGAGGGAGCUCCGCCACAGACAGCUGCUGAGCGUCGAGCGGAGCGUAGAAAAAUGAAAAGAUUUAGACUUACACAUCAACAAACUCGGUUUUUGAUGAGUGAGUUUGCGAAGCAGGCGCAUCCUGACGCGGCUCACCGAGAAAGACUCUCUCGGGAGAUUCCUGGUUUAAGCCCUCGCCAGGUCCAAGUUUGGUUCCAAAAUCGACGCGCAAAAAUAAAGCGACUAACAGCGGACGACCGGGAGCGCAUGAUGAAGAUGCGUGCUGUCCCAGAUGAUUUUGACAAUGUGCAAGCUCUGCACUCACCCUACGGCGCUGUCCAUGGUGUUGGGACCCCGAUGCAAUCGCCUGUGGACUUCGUCCCAGGAUACGCCGACCAUAUGAUGCGACCACUCAUGGUGGAUACAAUGAGAAGGAGCGACAACGAGGACCACAUGUCACCUACUGGUCUGAGCCCAGCUUUCGGCCAUGUUGGAUUUUCUGGAGGAUCGAUGGGUUCUCCGGACAUCCUGUCUCCUUUAUCAAUGAAUUCUCAGGACAGGUACUACUCGAGCCACCUCUCGAGUCCGAUGAGCUCCGGCCCUCGAAGUUCAAAUCCGUUUGAUCGCCAGAAUAGCUAUCAAGCGCUUUCUCACUCGAGACAGCAUGUUCGACCCCUUCAACCUCUGCAGCUGCGCGAAACGAUGUCAAGAGCAAGAUCUGAUACUAUUCAGUCUCCCUUGAGAUCAAGUAUGUCGUGGAAAGGAGAAACACUAGACUACAAUAGUUACCAAACGGGGCAGCCUAGUCCUCAAUUAAGCGGUCGCCAGCAGUCCGUGUAUCAACCAGAGCAAAUGAGCAGUAGCGCCGUUAAUGCGCACCAGUACGAUGGAAACUCAUACUCAGGCUCGAACAUCCAAAGCUCACCAACUCACAUGACAUACCCUCCCUCGCACGGCGGUGCUUCCUCUUCGAUGUCGCGUCUUCGUGCGUCGUCGGCAGCUUUCCCACCCGGAUUGGACCUCAGAAACCAAUACCGUAUCAUUCCAAACCAGAGCCACUCACCACAGGGCAUCACUCCUCGCAGCAGCUCUUUCGCUCAUGCUUUUACUGGCGGUUAUGCAAGCGCGCCUUUAACCGCGCCUGUAGAUUUCUCUCUGCCACGAACUCCCGUGGAUGGAACACAUGCAAACCGGGACUACAACAUCCCGCAGCUCUCUGCUCCAAUGGCUCCACCGCAAGACUUUUCAAAUGCGUACAAUUCGAAUCUCAGUCCUGUUCGUACCCAACAGAGCGAUAGAGAUUUCAGCCAGGGGCACAGCAAUGGGGACCACAACAGCCAAGGACAGAGCCAUGUCGAUGACCAGCAGCAACAACAAGUCAGAAACAACGAAGAAGCGUCGUAUUUGAGACCGUUAGAAUAUGACACUGGGCAAAAGCGCAAGAGAAGCUUUGAGAUCCCGGCGACUUUCGAGAGUCCAUAG